AUGGAUUAUCAGGAGCAGGUUGAAGAAAUCCUAUCCAAUGCCAAAUUUGGAGACCUGAUAGAAUUUUCCUACCCCAUCGGAUAUGCACACUGGGGAGUGUAUGAUGGAGAUGGUUUUGUAAUCCAUUUUGCUGUUGCAGAUGAGGGGAAAAUGAUGAACAGCGCACGGCAUUUAAUACAAUCAGUUUUCCCUGUAUGUGGUGACCUUCUUCUGGGGGUGACCAAGAUCCGCAGAGUUCCUCUUGCUGAGGUGAACGUUCCUAAAGGAGCCCAUGUUCUGAUCAGUAACAACCGCCACGCCUUCAGACCGUCACCACCUGGAGACAUGAAGCGACGGCGUGACGCCCUUCUUGACCUGGACUUCACAUAUAAACUUUUAAGCCUCAACUGCGAGCACUUUGCCACUUUUGUACGCUACGGGAAAGCUGUGUGCAAUCAGAUUCCUACACGACCCAAGAACACAGAGUGUGAGGAGGCAACGGUUACCUUCAAUAACUUUGUCAAAUCACAAGAAACUGCUGAAACCUUCAUGACAGCCUUCUUUGGGGGUUUGUAGUGGGCUCAGUCUUAACGGUACAGAUGACACUGGUAUUAUAGGAGAUAUAAGACAUCCAUUGGUUCCAACCAUGUCAGUAUGUCUUGUUGGGAGGGGCUGAAUAACCCUCCAAAGGCUAAAGCAGAAAAUCAGUCCACUGACAUCUGACUUCAAGAUAUCUGAAUGAAAAUUGGUUCUCUGGGUACCCACAAGUCGACAUGUCCACUUUAUGCUCAUAUCAUUCUGUUAGAGGCAGAAACAUGAUGUUUUUCUUUUUGCAACACAAAUAUAUUAUUGUCAUUGUAUUUGAAUAUUUCUGAAUACAGAUGUACUUGAAAACUUAGACUCUUGUCGAUUCAAUGAGUCCAGUUUUACUGGUGUCAUAAUGUUAGUCCAUAUAGCAGCCGUUUUAUUGUCUUGAGAAACUUUCUGAAACUUCUAAAAUGAGCUGUUGUGACCUCUAGGAUAAUCACAACCUCAUGAAACCUCAAACUAGAGACUAUACAAACUAGAGAGUAUACGUGGCUUCCCUAGGCGUA